AAAAGCGUUCACGCGCCUUGGCAUGGGCUGGGUGUCGUGGGCGCUGACGAUUGGUCACAGCCCCUGGGCGACAGGAAGUGACCCCCAGAGAGCAGCGUCCCUCGUGGCAGUUCUGACCUGGGCUCGGUGGAGAGAGGAGCGUGUUGUGUCUGAAAGGACGGCGGGAGGCCGGGCCAAUUGGGCAGUGUAGGCUGCACUGUUUUACCCAGGCCGUGUGAGUUUCCCUUGGAAAGUGUCCGCGGAUUUCCACGGGAGAGUUUCUGCCAUUCCUGUUGUGGAGGGCAGCUGACCGUCGGGUCAUAGCACAAGCCGUUUUGGGUGAGCAAAGUCUAUUUCUUUGAGUUCCAUUCUUUUCUGGUUUUUAGUUCUAGGUUAGAAUUUGUAAUGGCCAGGUCGCGUCGCGUGUGGCACGCACCCGUUUUUCCAUGUAUGAAUUUAUGAGUUAAGCUUGUCUAACGAUAAAAUUAUGUAUUUGUAUGAGAGCAAGCGGUUUCAUGACCAGGUUGGUCAUAGAUGUGUAUAUGUAUAAGGGUGUUUUUAUAAACUGAGAAAUGUUUGGAGUGCUGUAUGAUUGACUGGAUGAAUUGUUGUUUUUCUACAGGCUUGCGUUUGUUUACUUCUACAUGUAUUACGUCUUCUCCGUUUUCCACGUAUGCUACAUGUUCAACAUAAUUGUGAUCUCGCUGGACGUUUUGUGCUCAUCAUCUGUGUCAUCGUCCGCUUUUGUGGGACUGUCCGCUAUUGUGUCGACCCUGCGCCUUCAUCGCCUCGUCAGCGCGUGAGCGCGACCCUGCUGUGCCAGUGUGCGGCCCAGCCAUCGGGAGGGGGCGCCUAGGGUGGAGGUCGAAGAGCGGAGUCUCCGUGACCAAGGUCUACCGGGACGAGAGCCGUGGGGUCAGCUGGACAGCUGGUCCAGAGGAAGAGGGGGGUGGUUCCGCUGAUUCUACGAACACUUUGAGCGGACACUUGACUGUGCUGUGUCGCAGUGCACUUUGUAUUUUCUCUGCUGUGUGUGUAUUUUAUUUGUAACCUCUUUGUGGGGAGGCAGUCCCCUGUUGUUUUUAUAUUUAUUUGACGAGUACUCGUAGGUGUAUUUUUUAAUCCGUUUUUCUCUGUGUGUGUGUGGGUGUAUGUGUAUUCGUGUUUAUAUUUGUUAUUAAACUGCGUGCUUGUAUCGUUUUUCCCGUCGUUGUCGUGGUUUGUGCCGUGCACGGGUUUCGAGAGGUAAGUCGCUGCCUGCCUCCAGCCGAGUGUCUGUGCGUGUCUGGCCGGCUGUGUGAGCGGCUGUGCGCGUGCUUCCGCAGCCGCUGGGGGGGGGGGGGGACGCGACAGUUUGGAUGAUUGAUAUGUAAUUUUUUUAAAUGGCUAUUAUUAUUUAUUUACUGGUUAUGCAGAGUUUCUAUCAAGAGGCAAGGCAGAAUUUGCAGCCCUGCCACCUGUAGCAAAAAAAAUACUGGCUACAGAGGCUGCUGCCCCUGCUUUUUCUGAAACUGUGGAAGAGAAGAAGUUAUUUAUGAAGCAGCUUGAGCAACAAUUAAAAAAAGUGGUGAGUGUUCACCAUGUCCCUUUGACACUGGCAUGACAUGUAUAUAAUUCCUUUUCCCCUUUAUUUAAUUAUAGACUGAUCUGUAUUGGAUGCAUAGAAGUACACUCUAGGUUUAUUUGCAAUCUAGUGAAAGUACAAUUGAAUCUUUUAAUUUGCAGGCAAGAGUUCUUGUACGCAUUGGUGCAGCUCUCUACUUUGAAGUAGAAAUGAACAAAAUUAAUUACACUGCAGCACAUGACAACCUUCCAAGGCAAGUGUUUGCAAAAAAACCACUUCAGACACCAUCAAAUAUUACACAUCUGCGCCAAUGUGUUCAGAAAGUUUUUAACGACUCAUAUGGUGAGAAAGUGUGAAUAUUUGUGUUUCUUGGUACAGACGACAACUGCGAUGAGAAACACGCCAUGUGUUAUAAGCGCAUGUGUCGGUAUGAACCUGGGUACUUCUACACAACACAUGAUACGUGCACUACCAGUGAGUAGAAAAUCGUUCUGUGUGGUAUGCUUGACCGCAAGAAACUCGACUUUGUUCUCAGCUUGUUACAGUUAGGUACGGAAGAGCUUUUAUAUGAUUUUCUCAUUCUUGAAGGAAUAAAUUGUAAAACAAUAAAAAAAAAAAUGAUUGUAUGGUUAAGGCAUCCCUGUUCUAAUGGUUUGGAUGAUUGAUAUGUAAUUUUUUUAAAUGGCUAUUAUUAUUUAUUUACUGGUUAUGCAGAGUUUCUAUCAAGAGGCAAGGCAGAAUUUGCAGCCCUGCCACCAGUAGAAAAAAAAAAAAAGAACUGGCUACAGAGGCUGCUGCCCCUGCUUUUUCUGAAACUGUGAAAGAGAAGAAGUUAUUUAUGAAGCAGCUUGAGCAACAAUUAAAAAAAGUGGUGAGUGUUCACCAUGUCCCUUUGACACUGGCAUGACAUGUAUAUAAUUACUUUUUCCCUUUAUUUAAUUAUAGCCUGAUCUGUAUUGGAUGCAUAGAAGUACACUCUAGGUUUAUUUGCAAUCUAGUGAAAGUACAAUUGAAUCUUUUAAUUUGCAGGCAAGAGUUCUUGUACGCAUUGGUGCAGCUCUCUACUUUGAAGUAGAAAUGAACAAAAUUAAUUACACUGCAGCACAUGACAACCUUCCAAGGCAAGUGUUUGCAAAAAAACCACUUCAGACACCAUCAAAUAUUACACAUCUGCGCCAAUGUGUUCAGAAAGUUUUUAACGACUCAUAUGGUGAGAAAGUGUGAAUAUUUGUGUUUCUUGGUACAGACGACAACUGCAAUGAGAAACACGCCAUGUGUUAUAAGCGCAUGUGUCGGUAUGAACCUGGGUACUUCUACACAACACAUGAUACGUGCACUACCAGUGAGUAGAAAAUCGUUCUGUAUGGUAUGCUUGACCGCAAGAAACUCGACUUUGUUCUCAGCUUGUUACAGUUAGGUACGGAAGAGCUUUUAUAUGAUUUUCUCAUUCUUGAAGGAAUAAAUUGUAAAACAAUAAAAAAAAAAAAUGAUUGUAUGAUGAGAAACAUUUUGCUGUUUUCUGAUCUAGCUCCCCUCAUCAACUCUGAAUGCAAGAAAGAUAUUUCUAUCAUACUCCCUCCAGCAGUCUGUGGUAAAUAUCAAAAUUACUGGGGUUUUUUACUAGUUACUUGGCAACACAAAGAAUAACAAGCAGCAUAAUUUAUUUGUAUAGAAACAAACUGCACACAGAAAAGUAAUUCAAACAAUACCUUACAUAACCUAAUUCGAUGGGAAGUACUCAGUGCUCCCAAGAAGUGUUGUGGAUCAAUUGUUCAUAAAAAUAAUUAAUUUUUUGUGCAGCAUCACCACCAUUGGAAGCCAGUAGUUCAAACACAUCUGGUGAUGUACCAACCAGAUAUAUGAAAAUAAAUAAUUUUAUGCACGAACUUGCGCGCGAGAGGUACCCACGGACAGACUUCCUCUCUUUGGGGGUUCAGUCGCAAAAAUAGUUGAGAAUUUCUGGAGUAUGUGUAUAUGCAUUAAUAAUUUUUUUUAUUUGUUCAGUAAUUAUAGCUGUGUUUAGACAGCCUAAAAGCAAUUGUGUUAUGUGGAAAGAAUGUGCAAGUGACUCUGUAUACGGUAUAGGACACCAACAGUCCCUAACAGCUGCAGAGGAAGAAAGACUCUGCUAUAAGAUGCUUUAAGUCAAAGCAGAUCACAAGCAACUGCAAUACAGCAUGCUCAGAUAGCAGCACUAGGCUGGCUAGGUAGGUGACGCAGCUUCAGGUUUAUCCAAUCAAGAUAAAAGCUCUUGCGGGGGAAGAUUUUUUCAGAAGGUCCAUCCUCCCCCAAUGCUUUCUGUGAUUGCACUUUUUUUAGAAUAUACUUUAUUAUGCAUAAAAUGAACUGUUGAUAAAAUAAGAAUCUCUUGUAUAAAGAGAAAGUUAGAACACAUGCAUUGUACUUUGGCUGAAUCUUCCUGUAUUGUGAGCUCUACAGCUGAGUACAGCUAAAAGUAGCAGACAUUUUCUUUAUGCCACCUGAAUUUCGACUGAUUCGACACAUUCUCAGAGCAGCUGCUAUGUCAGUCACACUGAAGAGAAUUUGUCUUUUCUGUUCACUAUUCAUCAAAUUUACACGUAAAGAUGAAAAGUGGACAAGCAGACAUCGGAGACUAUGUUUACUACCUGGUAUUUAAAGACUUACUAAGGUAAAUAUCUACCUACAAGUACUCAUAACAAAAAUAAUUUAAAAUUCCCACAGCAAGCAAUUACUUUUUAUUUUCUAUUUUGUCUGAUAUAUCAAAUCUUUAAAGGGAGAAUCAUUUUAAAUGAAGCCUAAAAGAUGUUAAGAGCAUUCCAAUGAAUAUUUGGAAGUGCUGUAUCACCAGAAACCUGAGAUUUUACUAGUGCUUAUUGUUACAUAAUUACAUGAAUUUUGACUGAAAAUUGAGGAGUAGAUCCACAUCCUACUUCCAACUUAUCAUGCCUCCUUGAGGCCUUCAAAAAUUAUAGCCUUUAUCAGGGCUUCUGCUUAUGCAAAAAAUUGCGUACAGUACGCAUUAAAAGUUCGGAGGACCCCUUCAAUUUUCGUCAAUGGGGUCCCAGGGGACCCCUUCAAAUUUGGGCGAAGAACAGAUACAAAAUUGGGUAAGUGUAGUGUCUGACAUCGCAGCCAAAUCUAUUGUUGUCGUCUGCUACAAGGUGAGAGUAACUUCCCUUGAAGUGAGGUUUUUUUCCCCCUUACUGGAAAGAGUUCAUUUCCAUGAUGUUUGACAGCGUGGUUAACUCAGAAACGGAAAGAAAGUGACAAACAGCAAGAUAAUGAAGAUGGUGAACCAACAUCAUCAAGCGCUGUUCCUAGUAACUGUGAUGACAACCCACCCCAAAAGAAAAAUGUGAGAGCCUACAAUACUGUGAAGGAGAAAGAGUUUUCGUGGCUCUAGUUUGAUGAAUCGUCCCAAGUCAUGAAAUGUUCCGUGUGUGUAAAGACUCAGCAGAGAAAUGCUUUCGUCACUGGAUGCACUAAUUUUCAACGAAACGCGUUGACAAGACACGAGUCGACUGCCGACCACAAAGCUGCCAAUGCUACUGAAAGGAGGCAAGCUGACAUGGUCCAAUCAAUGAAAAAAUCCUAUGAGAAGACAUCACACGUGUUGUUUGCUCAGAUGGGAGCAGCUCUGAUCCUGGUGACAGAUGACCAAGUUCAGCUCUCUACUCCAUGCUCAGGUAUGAAACAGCUUGAAUUAAAUUGCAUCUCUCUCUCUCUCUGAGUCUUUCUAGUUUCUUACUUUUUUCCCUGUCAUCGAAUUACCCAUUAUCUUCCUUUCCCUCUCCCAUUGUUUAGCCUCUAGCUUGUCAGCUUGGGUAUGCCCAUAUGCCUUGCACUGACCUGUGUGAACUGGCACACAAAACCCAACCUCAUAAAUACAUAGUCUUGCAUAGUUGUUUAGUGGUAAUGAAUCUUAAAAGUAAAAACCUAGUAGCUCUCCAACUGUACUAGAGCUUGGCAGUAUAUGAUCUUAAUAUUACAAGUCCUCUGCAAGAGUUUACUUUUAACAGAAUUUUUAGUGGUAAACUGUUACUGACAAGGAAAUAUCAGGACAGUAAUAAAAACUUAUCUAUUCCAGGCCUUGCUGGUGAGGACACAAGAGCAGCCAGACGACCACCAGCCAACCUACACAGACCACAACAAAGCAGCAGAACUUCAAGCCUCUCUGGGCAAUGUGUGCAGACAGCAGAUCUUCGUGAGGAUCAAAGAAAGCCCCUACAUAGGCAUCAUGUUGGACGAAUCUCUGGAUGUGGCAGUUCAGAAGAAGCUUGUGAUCUUUUGCAGAGUCAUUGAUGAAGAGGUCGGGCAAACUGAAUUCGCUGCAAACAUUGAGGUGAAAGAUGGAAAAGCCGACACAAUCAUGGACACCAUCAUGGACUUUCUGCAUGAUGUUGAUGUUCCUCUAGAAAGGGUGUCAGGAAUAGGCACAGAUGGAGCUGCUGUCAUGGUGGGCAGGUUGAAUGGUGUGGUGGUCAACUCCAGAAGCAAGAACCCCAAGCUUGUUGGAACCUGGUGUGUGGCUCACAGGCUGGCCCUUGUGUGUCAGUGGGCUUCAAAGAGUGUCCCCUACCUGGAGACUGUGCAGACAACCCUGGCCAACAUCUUUGACUUCUUCCAUUACUCAGCCUGCAGGUACAACAAACUCAGAGAGCUCAAAGGAGUUGAUGAAAAACACAGAUGUAGCAAGGUGUUCCAGAAGGACAGCAUUGACAUUCGACAAGUUGAAGACAUGCUGGCUGCAACAUCUGCAACUCUGAAAGACCUGGCUGAGCACCCUGGGUCUGUUCUUCAGGACUUCUUCACCCAGGUGGCAGACAGUGGACAUUUCCAGGGCAUCACAGUGACUGGUAGUGAAGACAUUAGAUAUGAGGAGAUCGAUGGGGAAGCUGCUAGGGACUCCUUCAGACUGUUCAAAGCAUUGCUGGGCAAACACAGAGAAAAAGGUUUGCAGGCCAUGUGUCAGCAUAUGUUGCUGCAGUGUACAGAGACAUUCCCUGAGUUUGUUACUCUGGCUGAGAUCUCAACAACCAUCCGAGUCACCUCAGCACCAUGUGAAAGGGGCUUCUCACAGAACCUCAUCCACACAUUCCUCAGGAGUUGCCUCAGCAUCAAGGCAGUGGAGAACAAAAUGUUUAUUAAGAAUGCUGCCAAGCACCCCAAGUACAGUGAGCAUAAGCUCAUCACAGAUGCCUGUACACACUUCAUGGAACAGAAAUGUCGCCGUUUCUGAGUGACUCAACCUUAUAGUGCUUUGUGUGUUGAAUAAAGUAUGUUGAUUGUUGAUUUUUUUUUCCACAUUGUAAAGGGACCCCUUAGAGUUGGCCUGGGACCCCUUAGAAAUAUGAGGAAGGGGUCCCUGGGACCCCAAAGAAUUUAGCCUUAGCAGAAGCCCUG